AUGUGGGGAGCUCAACAGUUCCUGGGAGUCCCUGGCCCCCAGGCGAUUCUCAAGACGCUUGCGGGCUCCCUGGGGAUUGCCUCGUUGCCCGAUCACCCAUCAUCGCCCGGGAAAUCGUCGACUUGUCCUCUGUCGGACAUCAGCUGUCGGACCAAGUACCAUGGCCAAGACACCUGCUGUUUCAACCACCCCGGCGGCCAGAUGAUGCAGACGCAGUUCUGGGACGUUGAUCCAGUCCUGGGCCCGGAUGAUUCGUGGACCAUCCACGGGCUGUGGCCCGAUCACUGCGGUGGAGGAUUUGACCAGUUCUGCGAUUCCAAUCGAAGAUACAGCAACAUCUCCCUAAUUCUCGUGGACUCGGGUCGGGGUGACCUGCUCGACUACAUGAGCGAGUACUGGAAGGAUUUUCGUGGUGACGAUCCAAACUUGUGGCAGCACGAGUGGAACAAGCAUGGAACCUGUGUCAGCACACUGGAAACUCAGUGCUAUGAAGAUUAUAUACCGCAACAGGAAGUGGUGGACUACUUCGACAAGACCGUCGAGGUUUUCAAGACGGUGCCAUCUUUCGAGUUCUUGGCCAAUGCUGGUAUUCUGCCGUCGAAUAGUGAGACAUACGCGCUCGCAGACAUCGAGAAGGCACUUGAGAAAGAGCACCGUGCCCCCGUAACAGUCCGUUGUCGGCACCGAGCACUCAGCGAGAUCUGGUAUUAUUUCAACGUCGCAGGGAGUCUCCAGACAGGGAAAUUCAUUGCCGCUGAUCCAGAUGGCCAAACCUCCAACUGCCCAGCGCACGGCAUCCAUUACCCGCCAAAACACUCGCAGGAGGAACCGACCAAGACCACGACCGAUGGUUACCCAGAGCCCACAUCAACCGGAAUCCCAUUCUUGGGUCGGGGCCACAUGAUGGUAUCAACGCUCAACCAACGGCGAGGGUGCAUCAUCAGCCGUGGGACGUGGUAUGCAUCUGGGACAUGCGCGACAUUCCGGGCAGAAAAGAUCUCAGAGGAGACAUUCUCCUUGAAAUCGAGUAAAGGGCCGUGCAGCUUUGAGCGCGAUGUGUUCAAUUGCGGACCGCAUAUCAACACUCCCGGCGAGUUUACGGUCCAAGACGGCAAGCUUUCCUACCGGGAUGCCACAACGUUCUACGCCGACAAGGCGCCCAAGGGUUCCACGCAGAGCAAUAUCUACGCCACAAAGGGGGAACACCUGAUUGGAAUUGAGGUCACCUGGAAAGCGACCGAGGCGUGA